AUGUUAUCCAUUCUGUCAUUUGACUCUAUCUAUCUAUCUAUCUAUCUAUCUAUCUAUCUAUCUAUCUAUCUAUCUAUCUAUCUAUCUAUCUAUCUAUCUAUCAGGUCAGAGGUUAGUCUACACGUAUCUAUCUAUCUAUCUAUCUAUCUAUCUGGCAAAAUCUUAAUUUACAAACUUACUGAUAUCUAUCUAUCUAUCUAUCUAUCUAUCUCAUUAUUUCUAUUCUCUCUCUCUCUCUCUCUCUCUCACACACACACACACACACACACACACACACACACACACACAAUCUAUCUAUCUAUCUUUUUUCUUUCUUUCAUUCUUUCUUUCUCAUUUUCUUUUCUAUCUAUAUAUGUCUUUCUCUUGUGGCAUGUAAAACUCUCCACCUCUCUCUCUCUCUCUCUCUCUCUCUCUCUCUCUAUCUAUCUAUCUAUCUAUCUCAUUUUAUAUUUCUAG